AUGGAGGUUCUAUCCAGGUUGUUCACUGCUUAUCAGGAUCUUAAUCUUUUCAAAGGGGUGAAGGUGGCUAGAACAGUCCCAGAAAUUUCUCAUCUUCUGUUUGCCGAUGAUAUCUUUAUUUUUUGUAAGGCCACUUCUGAGGACCUUCUGACAAUUAAGGCCAUUUUGGACCUUUUUUCUGAUUUAUCCGGUCAAGAUAUUAAUUUUUUCAAGAGUGGUAUUCAUUUUAGUAGGAAUGUUUCAUCCUUGGACAAGGCUAACUUGUGUUCGGUUUUAGGCAUCAAGGAAAUGUCUAAGGAUGCCAUCUAUUUGGGUACUAACCUUUUCCAUGGCAGAUCCAAAGUUAAAGAGCUUGACAGUGUGGUGCAAAGGAUUCAGAACAAACUAUCAUCCUGGAAAUCUAAGUUCCUUUCAUUUGCAGGACGCUCUGUUUUAAUCAAAUCGAUUUUAGCCUUUACUCCUGCUUAUCUUAUGAAUUGUUUUGAGUUCCCCAUUAAGAUCUGUAGAUCCAUUGAUUCUAUUUAUCUUAAUUUCUGGCUUGGCAACUAUGGGGCUCAGAAAAAACCUGUUUUUAUUGCUUGGGACAGAAUGUGCAAUUCUAAAUCUCUUGGGGGGCUUGGAUUUCGUAAGGCUGAACAUCAUAAUAAGGCUUUGUUAAUGAAACUGGGAUGGAGAUUACUUACUGAUCAGUCUGCUUUGUGGGCUAGAGUCCUAAAAUUAAGCCCGUUAUUUUCCAAAAUUCUCCUUGUUUGA